AUGGAUUUACUUGUUGUACAGCGCGAUGCCAAAUCGCAUAAUACUGUGCGCAUUGCGGACAAUGUGGAACAAGAUGAACACUUUUUUCCAGUUCCAAUACAAACUACUUCAUCGAGCACAUCAUCUGCAUUUAUUGCCCGUACGGUGGAUGUCCGUCGUACUUCGUUGCACGGAAAACCCCUGCCUGUGCGACAAUGUCGAACAGAUGUGCGCUAUAGGAGAUUACAGGCGAAGCUGUAUAAUUUUUUGGAGAGACCAAAAACAUGGAAUUCUAUGAUCUAUCACGUUGCUGUGUCAAUAGUCACGAUCCUAGAGUUCGUCAAGCUCGCUGCUAAAAUAUUCCCGAUGGCGACUGAAGGGGCGAAACCGGUCGUAGGCUGUCGACGGAUUUUCAGCAACCUUAUGAGAUACACAAAGAUAUAUAUUAUACAAAGAUAUAAAAGUAUCGCGAUAUUUCAAAUACCGUAG